AGCACGCUUGCGACUUUAAAGCCUUCGAAACUCCAACGUUAACGCCCUCGACCUUAACGUUCACGACGAGCUCAACGUCGACCACGAUGACCAUCUAUUACUCGCUCACUUUCCUGCUUCUAGCAGCAGAAAUGAUAACAUUCUGUCUCCUCGUAUCCCCCCUCCCUUUCACAGUCCGCAAAAAACUCUUCCGCUUCCUCUCUGAAAGCCCUGCCGUCGCAAAAGUCGCUUAUGGGCUCAAGAUCUCCUUCAUCUUCGUAGGCAUCCUCUUCUUAGACGCCCUCCAACGCAUGUUCCGCGUAACAGCCGAAUCCGAUAUGGCCAAAACAAGCGGUCCGAGCGUGCACGACGCACGAACAGACUUUGCCGCUCGCAAGUUCUACGCCCAGCGAAACACCUACCUAACGGGCUUCUGCCUCUUCCUCUCUCUCGUCCUCACCCGCACGUUCUCCAUCAUCUUGGACCUCCUCCACACACAGGAAGAGUAUGCAAAGUUGAAGAAAGUUGUUGGCGCUGGCGCCAAGGGUGACCAAACUAAACAAAUCGAAGAGCUCAAGAAGAAAUUGGCCGCGAGCGAAGCAAAGGACCGUGACUUUGAAACGCUCAAAAAGCAGGCCGCACAACAAGCAGCCGAGUUUGAUCGCCUCGCGAGUAAGUACAACGAGGCGACUGGUGCUGUUUCAAACAAGAAAUCGGAUUAGAGGUCCUUUUGUGUAAUUGUCAUGCGUAGCAGCUUUCAUGUUUCUUUUUGUUCUUGCUGUUUAGUUACCUCAUAUUUGCCUUUGGACUUGGGCGUGAUGUGAUGUAUGGGCAAUUAUUACAUAUUCUGCUACGCGAUGACCCCACCUACUUCCAUAACGCGUGGCCGCCGAUGGCCCCGAUGUCCCAAUCAUUCAAUACUAGAGUGUUGCGCCUCGUGUGGUGGACAGUUAGGGGUGCAGUAUCUCCGAGCAGCGACAUCCAUCGAUGCUUGCUUGCGCAGUGAAUUAACAAGUCCGAUAUGUUGGUG